AUGCCCCAUGGGCAGCCGCCUAUGCCCCCAUCUCGGAGGCAACAAGACUUCUACAAUCCUGCCCCUCCCAACAUGCGCGCUCCGGCGUACAUGGGGUAUCCUCCACAUAUGAACGGGCACAUGCCUCCUGCGUAUUCGCCGCAGCAGUACCCUCCUUGGUAUCCGCCUUAUGGGCAUAUGCAGAUGCCCCCACGUCCUUUUCAACCCCAACCGCCGUAUGGACCCAUGAUUGUAUCCUCCUAUCCUCAAGCGCAGCCAAUCAUGGCUCCCAACCAUAUUCCGCCUCACUCAUUACCGAUGCAACCAAGGACAUCGACUCCGCUACAGCCGACCAUGUCUCCGUCAAUCCCGCCCCCGCCUCCUCAGCUUGAAAUGCAUGAGCCUCACCCUGUCCUUCCCAUUCAGCAGCCGCCGCAGCCUUAUCCCGUCGCUUCUCCACCCUCGCAAUGGGAACCCAAGCCCGUUGUCCUAGACAUCGAGCCUCUUUUCGCGGCACCUGUGCCCUGGCUCUCUGUCCCUGAACUUCCCUUCCCUGCUGGACCCCCCUUCAGACGUCGAAACAUUCGUCCGAUGCCGGAUUCUGUGGAAUUUCCUAAGAAAGAUGGACGCUGGAUCAUUGGAGAUCGGAAGGGCGAAGUUGGGGAAGUCAAGCCUGCAAAGCCAGCUGCCCCAGUUACCCCAGAACCUCAAACGCCGACCACUUCCGUGCCCCACUCGGAUGGUGGUGACUCUACACAUCCUACCACACCUUCAUCGACUGCCAAAUCCCAGGAUCAGCAAAAGAAUACCAAGCCCGCCAUUCCUAUCAUCCCAGUUGUUCCCAAUGUCCCCGGAACCCCGCGUCGCCAAGCCAAGGAUACAGCCAGUGCCGGCUCGAAGACGCCUAAGUCAAGUGCCGCCACUGCAGAGGCAGAGACCGAGUCAGCACCCGCUGUUGACGCUACAUUGAAGCCAAGUUCACCUGUUCGUACCGCACCGAAGUCAUGGGCUGAUCUUGUUCGAUCCAAGAAUGCUGCUCGCCCAGCGAGCGCUUCUGCUGACCCAGAGUCAAACGCCCUGGCAGUGCAGAAGAGCGAAUCCCUCGCAGAAGUUUUGAGCACCCUGGGUGAGGAUGUCACCCAAUACAGUGACAAGAUAGCUUUCCUCGAACCCCGAGGAUUGGUCAAUACUGGGAACAUGUGCUACAUGAACUCCGUUCUGCAGAUUUUGGUCUCCUGCGUCCCGUUCCACCAGUUCCUCGAUCACGUUGGUCGACGAGCGGCUCACAGCUUCCACAGUGAUAUGCCCUUAAUCGAUGCCAUGAUCAUGUUUAUGCGGGAAUUCAACGUCAUUGAUGCUGCAGCUUCGGAGGAUCAGCUAAGACUCCGAUUGAAGCCGAACGAGCUCGAGCAGUAUGGCGAAGCUUUUGUUCCCGAGUUUGUGUAUGAGAUGAUCCGUCAAUUGCCACGUUUCCGCGACAUGCGACGUGGCCAUCAACAGGACGCUCAAGAGUUCCUCGGUUUCCUUCUUGAGGAGUUACACGAGGAGUGUGCCCGCGCUGCAAAGCACGUUUCAAAGCCCCAAGGCGCCCACGAUGAUAGUCAUGCUGUCACCAAUGUAGCUUCUAGUGGUGAUGGAUGGUUGGAAGUUGGCCACAAGCAGAAGGCGGCGGUGACGCAGUCAUCUGGUGCCAUCACCACGGAGUCGCCGGUCACCCGAAUUUUUGGAGGCAAGCUUCGGUCAGAGUUCAAGGUGCCAGGCAACAAGACCUCGGUCACCAUGGAACCUUAUCAGCCCCUGCAGCUUGAUAUUGGCGCGCCUGAUGUUCACAACAUCGUUGAUGCGCUGAAAGGCCUGACCAAGCCCGAGAGCAUUCAAGGCGACUUCAACUCAUCACGUGGGCCUAACGUGACAGCGACCAAGCAGAUGUUUAUCGAAACACUGCCUCCUGUUCUCAUUUUGCACCUCAAGCGCUUCCAUUAUGACAACCUUACGGGGGCCACCCAAAAGAUUUGGAAGAAGGUUGGCUAUCCUCUUGACCUGGAGAUCCCGCGUGAGGUUUUCCCAGCCCAUCGACGCAACACUCUGACGGCCCAGGGCGGUCUUCCCAAGUACCGUCUCAUGGGCGUCAUCUACCACCAUGGAAAGAAUGCCAGCGGUGGCCACUAUACUGUUGAUGUGCGGCGCCAGGAUGGCCGAGAGUGGAUUCGUAUGGAUGACACUGUCAUUCGUCGUGUUCGUAGUGAGGAUGUUGCAGAGGCUGGUGGUGAGGAAGAUCCCAAGGUGCUUGCGGCUGCUCUUGAGCAGCACAAGCAGGAUACGAUCCCUCGGUCCAACAUCUUCGAGAACAUUGAUCAGGACGACUUGGAGUCGGUCGACAGCGAGAAGGGCUGGAGCCAAGUCAACGGAGCCGGUUCUACCGGGCACUCCAGCAAAAAGUCUAUCAAUGGGGUUGCUUCGUCCUCUGGGCCCUCGUCCGGCGUGCGCACCCCGCUCGGUAGAUAUGGCUCUCGGGACAACCGUGUCGCCUACCUCUUGUUUUACCAGCGGAUUGUUUAA